GUUCUUAGGCUUCUUGACGUUCAGCUGCUACGCAGAGACUUGAAAUACUUUCGUCUGAUCACCGCUGAGGUCAAACUUUCCAGCAGACUGACUACAUGGCGACGAGUGCCACAAUGGAAGAUUCUUUAUACGCAAGCCCCUCUUACAAAGAGGCCGCCAGUGUACUUCAAAUGCCGACUGGAUCUCUUGGGCCGCCGACGAUGAGCCCACCGUCAACAGUCGCAUCGUUACCUGCAGCACCACACUCAUUCUGUGUCGGCCUGAUUCCGUAUCUACAUCAAAUUCGCUUCAUAUUGGCCUGGAUCAGCUUGGUGGCGAUCCCACUCAGUGCUCUGGCAGGCGAUAUUCCGCAUAUAGCCAUUUCAGGCUUAUUCGGACUGGUCCUUGUCAUCAACUUGCCAGUUGCGGUGGUUCAGACUAUUCGACGACGAGCCCAUAAGGGGUCUGAUGUCAGCAGAGCCGACUACUACCCCUCCACGCUCUUGAUUCUGGGCGACAUCUUCUCCGCAAUCCUGCUGCUGGGCGCUUUUGUUGCCGAGAUGGUGGUUUUGCUUGUGAUUCCAGAAUACUUCCGGGGAACAGUGUUCAAAGUCCUCGUUUUCAGGCCAUGGGCUACUGUUGCCCCCUUAGCAGCGAGGUUAGUGACACCUAGCCUACGGGCCGGUUUCGAAGCCACUGACAGUAUUGUUUUAGCCACGUCCAAUUAUUUCUGGCUGUCGUACAGAUAGGCAUUCGCAGAAAGAUCCAGUCAGCUCGUCGGCGCGAGCAAAGGUUUCGUCACAUUUGAAAGACUACAAUUGGAUAUGUGGACUUCUUCCCAAGCCAUAAGUCUUCAUCUCCACAGGCUGGCUCCCGAUCACUCAGAAUGAUACAUUUUUGGCUUCUUCGCCUUAGCAAGUCACGCUGUGGUGCGCCAUUUGCGACCAGUCAGAAGCUUCACAUUGUCGAUUGACCGUGGAUUCAGAGUACGCUCGCAGUUCUUAGGAUGGACCGAUCAUUACCAGAGGUGAAACCCAGCUCCGGGCACCAAAGCACCGAUGUCUACAAACAUGCCACAAUUCGCGAGACCCAAAAUGAGAGCGAACAACGCGGAAAGAUCUACCAACUCCGGGCACUUUUUCGCCAUCGCAACAUUCCUGGAUAGCUGACAUGACCAGCUUCAAUCUCAAUAAUAAUGCUGGCUCUGCUGCAAGGCUUCGGCAACGUGUCGAACCGAGCCAUGUUCAACUUGGGACAAGAUGAUAUACGGCAUGGGACACGAUUGCUGCAUCUCCCCAGCCCAACAUUGGCAAGCUAGUAUGAAAGCAAUCUCUGUUUUUCAUAGAGACGUAGCCCAGUGCAACGAUGUUGAUUAAACGCUGUUCUACCGCCACGAAUGGUGCUUGGGUCUAGAUCUCUCUACCGCUUGAGCCACCAAACGACCAGGGUGAAGGCUUAAACCAAACUCAGUUUUGGAUAGAUCAUAACCCUAUGGGCGCUUGUUCCUAUGAUCAACCACAAUAAUGCGUAAGAAAAACAAUCCCAAAGGAGUUCAUUGACUUUCCCAUCCGAUUCCUCUAUUGCCGCUUCUUCAAACUCUUGGACGAUCAACUAUUAACACCGUCACGACUGCCAUCUAAGAUUCUGCAGCACUAAUUCG